AUGGCAUCCUCCGGCCAGCUGUCGGAGAUUCCACAUCUCGUGGCUCUCAUCAAAACUCUGACAAACGCAAAUUUGAAGGACCUUUUACGCAAUGAGGGUCUUGCAGUAUCCGGCGUCAAAGCAUCGCUGCAGCUGCGCAUCAUUGAUUAUCUCGAGCGCCUUGCAAAUUCCGAGGGCAACGGAGCCCGUUACGAUGCUCUGAGACGACGUAUAUACCAGACCGCGAUCCCUGGUGCUUCUGCUUUUCAGUCUUCCUCACCCAGCUAUCAACUUCCACCCCCACCUACUGCUCAGGCUACACCAUCACAACCUCGACCUGCGUCUUUGGGAGGCACCAUGGCUCCCCACGCCAGCUCACAUAGUCACCUCGCUUUCAAGGAAAGCCCGUUCUUCACGAUCUUGAAUCCUCUGACGAAGGUGAUGGAAUGCAAAGUGCGCGAACAAACGAGGGAUAGCGUGGAGCUCAAGGUCACGCUGAGUGUAUCGACGGCAACGGAUUUGACUACAGACCCUAACCUCCGGGUGAUGGUCUACUGUGCGGCCGACUCGGGUCUUAAGCAAUACACCAAGUCGGAUAUCACGUUCCCUCACCAAGUUGAGCUCAAAGCCAAUCUUGAUGAAGUUAAAGCCAAUCUCCGUGGAUUGAAGAAUAAGCCUGGCACUACUCAGCCGGCAGAUGUUACGCCCCAUAUUCGCAAAAAAGCAAACUACCCAAACACCAUCGUGAUGACCUAUGCCCUGACCACAAAGAAAUUCUUCGUAAUUGCCAAUCUUGUUCGACAACAUCCCGUUGAUGAACUUGUUGCGCAACUCAAAUCUCGCAAGAUCAUCUCGAAGGAACAAGUCAUCCGCGAAAUGAAAAAUCGCGCAGAGGAUACCGAUAUAGUUGCGACAUCAAGUAUCAUGUCGCUCAAGUGCCCGCUCUCAACGCUCAGAAUCCAAGUGCCCUGUCGCUCCGUGGUCUGCACGCAUAACCAGUGCUUCGAUGCAUCAUCAUUUUUGGAGCUGCAAAAGCAGGCUCCCACUUGGACCUGUCCGGUGUGUUCCAAGUCAACGAGCUUCGAGUCGUUGCAGGUUGACCAGUACGUUGACGAUAUCCUUGGAUCCACGUCAACAGAGGUGGAUUCAGUCGUGGUCGAGCCGGAUGGUACAUGGUCAGCACCCAGUGAUGCAGACGCCGUGAAUCUCGGUGGACGAACACCGGCAAGCGAUGAUGACGAUGACGACCUGAUUGAGAUCCGCGAGCCUGGCACUUCUGCUGUGAAACAAGAACCAAUGUCCGCGAAUAUUAUGCUGGAGCGCACUCCAGCCCAGUCGAAGUCCCGAGAGGCAUCGACUCCAUCUUCCGCGGCUCGGCUAUCAAGUAAGAAGCGGCCUGCUGCUCAGGUCAUCGAUCUUACCGGCAGCGACGACGAUGACGACGAAUCGCCUGUUCCUCCCGUCAAGCGUCCGGCCUUAAACUUGGGAAUUCGUGGGAUAGCGACACACGACCCUUACCAACCAGGAGCUAACAGCCCUCUGAACAACCGAGCUUAUCCACCUCCACCAUACUAG